AUGAUGGGUCGGAAUGGAGUAGAAGCAAUCGCUUGGCUAAUCAAAGAAGUGGGCAUCUCCGACCAAAUCUCGGUUCAAGAUUUUGUUGCUCAAAAGGAUGCUAUGCUUGCUGAGAUGUUUCCCGAAUGUAAUGCUUUCCCCGGUGCUGAGCGUCUAGUUCGGCACUUCGCGAAACACCAUAUUCCCAUGGCUAUAUGCUCAGGUUCCUGUUAUCGUAAAUUUAAACAAAAGUCAGUUAAGCAUCGCGACUGGUUGGAUUUGAUUCCCAUAAAGUUUAACUUAUUCCAUUCCACGUCAAUAGCAGUUUCAUUGCGAUACUUUCACUGCAAUCUUGCCUAUCUGGGUUAUCAGGUAGAGUUGUACAUAGAGUACUGUGAACACGAGAUAUAA